AUGGACAGCGGCGCGAUCCGCCGGCGCCUCGGCCCACGGCGCGCCCUGUCCCAGCUCAUCCUGCUCGGCGUGCUGCUGGCGCACGCGCUGAUGGCCUACACGGCGGUGAAGGCGGCGACCGGGGCGGAGUUCACCUCGAGGGUGGUCCUGUCCGGCAGCAUGGAGCCGGCGUUCGAGCGGGGCGACCUCCUGCUCUUCCGCAAGGGCGGCGGCGGCGACCCCAUCCGAGCAGGCGACGUGGUCCUGUUCAAGCCGGCGCACGGCGACAUGCCGGUCGUCCACCGCGUCAUCCAGCUCCACGAGCGGCGAGAUGACGGCGGCGGCGGCGUCGACAUCCUGACGAAAGGGGACAACAAUGGCGUCGACGAUUCUGAGUUAUUGUACGACCAGCCGUGGCUGCACCGUCACCAUGUCAUGGCGAAGGCGGUCGGGUACCUGCCUAACGCUGGAUUCUCUGGAGGUGGUUGGCCUUUGGAACAAUAG